GACACACACACCUAGAGCGUCUGCGCAGGCACGACGCAUGAAAAAAGCCUUCAUCUUGCUCUGACGUCCUAGCUUUCAGCAGCACACCGACCGUCACACUCGGCUCUGGGAAUAGACACCUGCCUUUGGCGAGGAGCGCGCCUUUUUCCGCUGUAAUGUGAGGGAAUUUGCUCCGCAGACGCAUCGUCCCCAGGCCACGCGGCGGAUUAUUGAUAGGGACUCAUCUCGGAUGGGAUAUUGUGCCGCUGAAAGGACUGGAGACACAAGACAAGGGGGGGGGGGGAAUCCGUUAGCCGAGCCAGAUGUUAAGGACUUGGUUGUGAAGAUGCUCCCUUUGUGGAUCAUGAUGACGGGUGUGUUUGGGGCACGGGCUUGCACAAAUCCCAGUAUCUGCUUCAAUGAAUCCAAAGACUACUGCUUUUCUGCCCGUAUCAGGAGCACUGUAUUGCAGGGCCUGCCUUUUGGAGGGGUUCCCACCGUCCUUGCCCUCGACUUCAUGUGCUUUCUGGUCCUACUUUUUGUCUUCUCAAUUUUGCGCAAGGUAGCCUGGGAUUAUGGACGCUUGGCUCUGGUAACCGACUCAGACAGUGUGGCCUCAGCUUUGCACUCGGAAACACCUGAUCGAUAUGAGCGACUCACCUCCGUUUCCAGCUCCGUCGAUUUUGAACAAAGAGACAAUGGCUUCUGUUCUUGGCUGACAGCUGUCUUCAGGAUAAAGGAUGAGGAGAUCAGAGAGAAGUGUGGUGAGGAUGCGGUACACUACCUUUCGUUCCAGAGGCAUAUCAUUGGCCUGUUGGUUGUGGUAGGAGUGCUCUCUGUGGGGAUAGUACUGCCUGUCAACUUCUCCGGAGAUCUUCUGGAAAAUAAUGCUUACAGCUUUGGAAGAACUACUAUAGCCAACUUAAAUUCUGGAAAUAACCUCCUUUGGCUUCACACGUCUUUUGCGUUCAUGUAUUUGCUGCUGACAGUCUACAGUAUGAGAAGGCACACAUCCAAAAUGCAUUACAAAGAGGAUGACUUGGUUAAGCGCACCUUAUUUAUCAAUGGGAUCUCCAAGUAUGCUGAGGAAACCCACAUAAAACAACACUUUGAACAGGCUUAUGAGAACUGCACAGUCCUGGAGGCUCGCUUGUGCUAUAAUGUUGCAAAGCUGAUGUCUCUGAAUGCUGAGAGGAAGAAGGCAGAGCGCAGCAAAAAGUUUUUCACUGACCUGAUGGCGAAGGAGCACGUGCCUACAAUGAUCAAUCCCAAGCCCUGUGGUCACCUCUGUUGUUGCAUCAUCAAGGGCUGUGAGGAAGAAGAGGCUGUCAGCUAUUACACCAAGCUUGAAUCCAAGCUGAAGGAGGAAUACAGGAAAGAGAAGGAGAAAGUCAACACAAAACCUCUGGGGAUGGCAUUUGUGACUUUCCAGAAUGAGGCCAUGACUGCAGUAAUCCUUAAGGACUUCAACGCUUGUCACUGUCAAGGUUGCAAGUGUCGUCAUGAGCCCAAGUCAUCUCAGUUCAGUGAUAGUCUGCAUGUACAUAACUGGAGUGUCUCCUAUGCCCCCGACCCACAGAACGUGCGCUGGGAGCACCUGUCUCUUGGGGGCUUCUCCUGGUGGCUGCGCUGUUUCAUCAUCAACUGCAUUCUCUUUCUCUUGCUCUUCUUCCUCACCACACCUGCAAUUAUCAUCUCCACCAUGGAUAAAUUCAACGUCACUAAACCAGUGGAGUACCUCAAUAACCCUAUCAUUACCCAAUUUUUUCCAACCCUGCUGCUCUGGGCCUUUUCUGCCUUGUUACCCACCAUCGUGUACUACUCUGCCUUCUUCGAGGCUCACUGGACAAGGUCAGGGGAAAACAGGACCACCAUGCACAAGUGCUACACGUUUCUCAUUUUCAUGGUGCUCCUUCUUCCUUCCCUUGGACUCAGCAGUUUGGAUGUUUUCUUCCACUGGCUUUUUAAUAAGAAAUUCUUGGAUGAUGCACCAGUCAGAUUUGAGUGUGUCUUCCUCCCGGACAACGGUGCCUUCUUCGUCAACUAUGUCAUAGCCUCAGCCUUCAUUGGCAAUGCCAUGGAUCUGCUACGCAUCCCAGGCCUGCUGAUGUACAUGAUCCGGUUGUGCCUGGCGCGCUCAGCCGCGGAGAGGCGCAAUGUCAAGAGGCACCAGGCGUAUGAGUUCCAGUUUGGCGCUGCCUAUGCCUGGAUGAUGUGCGUCUUCACUGUCGUCAUGACAUACAGCAUCACCUGCCCCAUCAUUGUUCCAUUCGGUCUGAUGUACAUGCUUCUCAAGCACCUGGUGGACCGCUACAACAUGUACUACGCCUACUUGCCCUCCAAGCUGGAUAAAAAGAUCCACUCGGGUGCAGUCACUCAGGUGGUGGCUGCUCCAAUCCUCUGUCUCUUCUGGCUUCUCUUCUUCUCCACUGUGCGCACAGGAUUCGUGACCCCAACGACCAUGUUUACCCUGGUGGUCCUCAUUAUCACCAUUGUGGUCUGCCUUUCCCACAUAUGCUUUGGGCACUUCAAGUACCUCAGUGCUCACAACUACAAGGUACGAGUCACUGUGCUCAAGAUCGACACCAAGGACACGGAGGUGGAUGGAGUGGAAAACGGCCGCCCAGUGUGCUCCACUACCUCACCCACCAACAAGUCUGCACAAAUGUAUAUUGCCCAGGUUCUGCAGGACCCCAGCUCAGACGAGGCAGGUGCAGGCAGUGGAGAGGAAGACGGCCAAGGCUCCUCGCAGGAUGAGGAAAUGAUCCAUGCGGGGAACAGCAUCAAUGAGGCAGACUUCCAGUCAGGAGAGGACAGCCUCAUAGCCAACGAGGUCCACCAGUAACACCUGUUCUGCAGCGGCGAGGUGGGGGCGGGGGGGAUGUGUAGACAAGGGAGGUACUGUGAGAGAAAACAGGAACCAAAGGUAGUGCUGCUCUCCGUCAGAGGAUCAUCACACCAAAAGUUCUCUUCAGAUUCUGAGACCAUUUGCAUGGAAGGAUCAACCCUCUGUGUCAGUCUGCAUCCUUGAGAAGAAGGUAGCUGUGGUGGGGCUGUUGACACAGCACUCUGUUAGUGCACCGUUGCCCAUGCGACAUCACCCACGGCCUGUGCACCGGAGGAGACCGUGCUGAUGCUCUUAAUGAACUACACAAGAACCCAAGUCCUUGGUUGUUUUUUUUUUUUCCGGAUCCACACCUAAGUCAGCACAGCGUUCCCUGGAAUGUGAAUGUUCAGUGUGUUCACACACUUGUAUUUUCUUUACACAAUACUGCUCCUUGUCCUGUAGAUUGAAGCAGGAAAAGCCAACUUCUAAAACGAGAAGCCUUUUUGCCCCUAGUAGAGAAACUAAUAGCUUGCACGUUGACUAGGGUUUUUUAAUCAAGGAAAAGGGAUGUCAUUUGUAAUGUAAAGUACUUGUACAUAAUGAGGGUGGCAACAAACAUGAUGUGUUAGACUGCCUGGAAGUUUUCAGUGUGUUGAGCUGUCGCUUUAGCUUACAGAAUGUGUUUGGUACUUGUGACUUCUGUUCAGAAAAUGACCCAGUGAUACCUCCACAAUAACUUGUGAUCUCCCUGCAGAGCAGAGGUAGUCAUGUUGCCCACAAUACCACUGGAUAGCCCAUGAUGCUCUGGAGUUUGGCCUGCGCUGAAGGCAAGACCUGCAUUAGGUGCAUGCAUCAGAUGUUCUUAGAUGCUUGUCUGGUUUCUUUAAUUAUAUUCCAGGAGGGAAAAAGAUGCCUCUAAAGGUCUCUAAAGUCUCCGUCAGUAUUUUGUACACAGCUUAUUUUUCCUUAUUCACACUCCAUUGUGGUCUCUCAUAUUUUUUAGCAUUUACAUAUUGCUCCUUUGAACAAAAAUCUUUUGCUUACUUUACAUUGGUUCCACAUGCUAAUGAAUAGAGGACAUCUCUUAACUGCAUACUUUUACAAGAACUAAAAGUAAAGAUGAGUGUCUUGCUAAGAAAUGGUCUGAUGGAAAAUAAUUUUUCAUGCACAACGAUUCGUUUCGCUUGCACUUUGGGAUUCUGUUAAAAUGCCAGUGUUUCCAAGUGUUUGAUGAACUUUCACCCCCCCGGGUGUCUCAAAAGGAUGAAGAGUUACAUGUGCCCAAUCCCAAAGUGAAGACGUUCACAAGACAUACCUUCACUAAGGUAUACAGAGCUCAGUCAGACCAAUAACAAACUCACCGACUGUCAGAAUUGUAAUCUACAUUGAUGGUCUGUUCUGUUUUAAUAUACUGUACAUACUGACAUACUGUACUUUGAUGUGUUUUUUUGGUUGUCUCUUUUGCAGUUUUUACUUUCACCUCUGCCUCCUUAACUACUGUAUAUAGAUAUGUGCUUGUAUUUGUUUAGGAAAAUAUAGUUGUGCGAUAUUUUAUGUGACAUUGUACUUACAGUAAGUAGUUCAGCCACUAAGGCUGUAUUUAAAGAAGACAUUUUGAAACUAUGAUCUGUGUGAAUCAUGAGUUCCAAUUCUGUGGCUGAAAAUGCUGGAAAUAUAUAGCCCCACUAUUUUUAUUAUAUAAAGACAAUGAACAUUUUGUGCUGUAGCAACACCACAUUUGUUAGUUCAGAGCAAUACUUAAAAUGUACUGUAUAUUUCAGGAUUACAAAAUUAAUGGCAAUUGAACAAUCCCAAUUUUUAUUACAUUUUUUUGAGGAGACAAUAAUCAUCAGUUUUUGUAGUGUUUGUUUUGUGACCUUUGAUGCAUGGUCUCAGUUUAGAAGCAAGAAAUAGUAGUCCCAUUAUUACACACGGGAAUUACUUUACCUGUGAAUUGAUGUUUUCACAAAUGUCUCAUUCAGUUCUUCAGUGAGGCUAAUUCCAAAGACUGACAUUUCCAAAAAACAUGCCUAAAAGGUACAGUUCUGAUGUAAAUAGAUAUGUCUCCUACCGCAGUGUUUGUGCUUUAAUUUUCAGUUGUGAGAAACCACUUUGUGAGAGUAUUGUUCAGCAGGUGCCUGUUCUCAGUGAUACCUGGAAGUGUCAAGUGUGACUGAGACACAUCGCUGACUUUAGUGUUUGCCCCUUCAAAUAUUCGUACCCUCACAGAGUUUGGUGAACCUUCUCAGUUUUCUAAGAUGAGUAAGGUGUUUUUGUGGUAUUUCCAUACUACUUUGCAGUUUUCCAUUUUGAUCUGCAGGUGGCUAACUGAAAACAAUGUUAUACUGCAGAAUGAGUGAAGGGUGAACGUUGAUACAGAGACCCCUGUACUUACGUAAAUUUGGCUUCCGUAAAUUCGGAUUUACGUAAAAAAUUUCCGGCAUACACAUUAUUUAUAGAUGGCACUUACGCAAAAGAUCUGAAAUACGUUACGUGCAAGUCGGCGUAGCCAGACAAGGCAGGAAGCUGCAUCUUUCCCAGUUGCCGUCUCGCAAGCAUACAGCAAUUGAUUUGGAGAUGAAAUUUAACAUAAUAAGGAAGUAUGAAGGUGGACAAAGAUAGUCGUCUAUAGCAUGGGAACCAGGUUAGUGGUAUGCGAAUACCAUAGUGAAGGAUGCUGCACGUAUAAAGGAGCACGCGAUGAUGUUAAAUGGUGGUGGAGGAGGGGAAUCUAACAUAACUUUUCACUUACGUAAGGGAUUGAAGAACGGUCUAUUUGCGUAAAUCGAGAGGUGUCUGUAUGUCGUCCCAUGGAAAGGCAUUGCUUAAGAUGGCUCACCCUGUGGACUAUAAAGUGUGUUCUGUAAUCUCUUUCAAAACUUGGAUUUAAGUGACAGAAAAUGUUCUUCAGAAAUGUUUUGUGGUAAAAAGAAAUGUUCUUCAGAAAUGUCAAUUUAUCUAAUAAGAUAAAUGAAAAUGUAAAUUUAGUGCAGUUCCUCUUGUCUAACUUUGGGAACUCACGGAUGAAACGUAAGAAUAAAUAAAUGUGUACAGAGACCUGCUUCAGUCUAUGACAAGUGUGUUUCCUCCACAGUGGAAAUGCAUUUAUUAUUACAAGCUGUUGCAGGUUUCAAUAGUUACGCAUUUUUUUAUUCUUAAGUUUCCGAUGUCUCAUUGCAAAGCUAUGUUCUAGUAUGGUAUUAAUAUAUAUAAUGUGAUGUAAUAAAAAUGCAUCAACCUAUUUGUAACUUUAAAGCUGCAUAACUUAGAACAUUUU